AUGGCGGCUCGAUAUCUUCUUGCUGGUAUCACAGCAGCGGGAUUGGCCUUUUGGUACGACUUCAAGAGCUGGCAGAGCACUGGCGGCACGCCACCAACGCUGCAAGGCUAUCUCAAGAUCCGGCGAUGGGGACUUUAUCUGCUCUACUCUCGACAAAAUCUUUUGGAUCCAUCGCCAAUUCCUGAUUCAGGAGAAUCAUACAUAGAUCCUGAAAAGGUCCCAAACAGACAGGGACCCCGGCCAGGACUUACGCGCUGGACUCUUCCUCAGCGCCAAGUCCCAGAGAACAUUACAGCAGGCGCAUCCGCUGUACUUCACAAUCUGAUGCAAGAGUUUGCCAGCACUGCGCCUUACAACGAGUACAUUGAGACCCGGCCAAGCAAAACGGAGGGUGGCACUGGCCCCGCUAUUUAUGUAAAAGAAGGUGUCAAGACCAUCAAUCCUGUCGCACACAAGAUCUUCUAUGAAGUUGCCCAUGUUCACCCUGCAGAAAACUCGCUGCACGUUUAUGUUAGUCCUCCGGAUGCGAAGCUGGUCAUGAAACGAGGCUGGGGCCAGCGUUUCCCUGUAACAUGGAUAGCACCGCCGAGCUGGAUCAUGGUGUACGCACCGAGAAACGAGGAUGAGGUUGAGAUUGUGCGAGAAAUUGUUAGAGCCGCCGUAUGCCAUGCCGUGAGCAUGAAUGUUGAUGAAGAUAUGGAAUGA